GUCAUUGUCCCCCAAAGUCCCCAGGAGCUGUAGCAGAUAGUUGGGCACUGCAGGGCUGUGCCAGCAGGACAGGAGGCUCAGGAUGGGGACAGAAGGACUCCUAUCCCCUCAGGUGCUGUGGCUCCUCCUCUGGGUGCAGCUGUGCAGAGGGGCAGCAGAGGUGAGGCUGGCGGAUGGCAGUGGGCGCUGUGAUGGGAGAGUGGAGGUGAAACACCAGGACCAGUGGGGGACCGUGUGUGAUGACGAGUGGGAUGAGGAGGAUGCAGCGGUGGUUUGUAAGCAGCUGGGCUGUGGGUCAGUAAUCAGUGCUGUACAGAAUGAAGGAUUUGUGCUAGGAUCUGGCCGCAUUUGGAUGGAUGAUGUCGGCUGUCAAGGCACCGAGUCUGCCCUGUCUGACUGCACACACAGUUUAUUUGGUGAACGGUACUGCACACACAGUCAGGAUGCUGGAGUUACAUGUACAGGUGAGGUACUAGCCACUCCUGACCUCUGCGGCCAGAUUUGGGGAAUCAAUAAGUAGAUAUCGUAUGUGGCCAGUUGUGCUGUUAUUGCUGGUCCCUGGGGAAUGGCCAUGGGGCCCUGCUUGGUCCCCAGUUGAGGUGGAGGUGAGGAGGGACAUGGGCAUGGAAUUGCCAGAGGGCUCUGGGACCCCACAGGGUGCCUUUGUUCACUCCAGGAUUUGUCCGUCUGGUUGGAGGGGACAACCGCUGCUCAGGACAAGUGGAGAUCAAUGACAGGGAAGGGUGGAAAUCUGUCUGUCACUCACACUUUGGUGCCAAAGUUGCUGAUGUGGUCUGCAGAGAUCUUCAGUGUGGCAGAGCCCUGUCCGUCACCAGAGCAAGUCCCUCUGGAGAAGGGACCGGUCCCAUCUGGGACAGAGAGCUGCAGUGUGUGGGGGAUGAAUCCACCCUCUCCUCCUGCCCCAUGGGGACUCCUCAGGACCAGCCCUGCACCCAGACAAGCACUGCUGCCGUCAGCUGCACACGUAAGGGCUCAGGGAAGGCUGUUGGAUACUGAGUGUGUGCCAGGGACAGGGACAGGGCUGUGUCGAGUGUGAGGUCAGGAGGGUGAUGUGGUAUUUUGUAGCCCUAAGGCAGUGCUGAAGGAGGAGGCUUCAUGUUGUCCCUUUGGCCUCUCCUCCGUCUCCUGAGGGAACCAGAGCACAAAUCACUCCCCUCCAUCCUCCUCUGUCCUCAAUUCACAGGGUUCAGGCUGGUGAAUGGCAGCACGCCGUGCAUGGGCAGGGUGGAAGUGGAGGUGCAGGGAACAUGGGGCACCCUUUGUGCCUCCCGCUGGGACCUCUUGGACGCCCACGUUCUCUGCCAUCACCUCGGCUGCGGGUUUGCGGUGUCCGUUCCUGAAGGAGGGCAUUUUGGGAGAGGAACCGGCCCGGUCUGGAGUGACUCGUUCCAUUGUGAGGGGACUGAGUCCAGCCUGGAUCAGUGCCCGGUGACCGCCCUGGGGGCCUCUCGGUGCUCCCAUGAGAACGAUGCUGCCGUCAUUUGCUCAGGCCCGCCUCACAAUGCAUCUCUAAGACUGGUGAGUGGAGGGAGCCGGUGCGACGGGCGCGUGGAGAUCUUCCAGCACGGGACAUGGGGCAGAGUCCUGGAUGAUCAGUGGGACAUGGAGGACGCUAGCGUGGUGUGCCGGCAGCUGCGCUGCGGGGAGGCAGAGGCAGCCUACACUGUGCCGAGGGCCGAGCGAGGGACGGGCCCCGUGGGGCUGCGCGGGGUGCGGUGUGCAGGCCACGAGGCCAGCCUGAGCCUCUGCAACACAUCCCUGCCCGAGGCCAUGGGGAUCAUGGAGGACGUGGGGGCCGUGUGCCAGGGUGAGCAACAGCUGGGGCUUCCCCCCACUGCAGGGAGCCGCCAGGUCCGGCUGGUGGACGGGGCUGGGCGAUGUGCAGGGAGAGUGGAGAUCUACUACCGGGGGCAGUGGGGCACGGUCUGCGACGAUGCCUGGGACACGGCCGACGCCAAUGUGGUUUGCCGCCAGCUGAGCUGCGGAUGGGCCGUGGAGGCGGCCGGCUCGGCUCGCUUUGGGGAGGGCUCUGGGCACAUCUGGCUGGAUGGCGUGAACUGCUCUGGGGACGAAACUGCUCUCUGGAACUGCUCUGCUGAGGCCUGGGGACAGCACGACUGCGGGCACAAGGAGGAUGCGGGAGUCGUCUGCUCAGAAUUCAUGGCCCUGAGGCUGGAGAACAGUGAUGGCUGCUCCGGGCGCCUGCAAGUUUUCUACAAUGGGACGUGGGGGAGUGUAUGCUCCAACUCGAUGACUCCUCACACGGCAUCACUGGUGUGCAAGGAGCUGGGCUGCGGGGAUGGAGGGACCCGGGAAAUCAGCAUCUUCUAUGGCAGGGUGAAUGGCACCGCGUGGCUGGAUCACGUGCAGUGUGGGGAGAGCAACACCUCCUUCUGGCAGUGUCCCUCUGAUCCCUGGGAACUGCAGUCGUAUGAUGAUGUGCGAGACGAGACCAACAUCACCUGCAAUGGGAGAAAGCCGGAAAGGACGCCGGUAGCUGCGUGCCCCAAUUCCACGAGCUGCACAGACAGGGAGAAGAUCCGUGCUGUGGGAGGCAAGGAUGGGUGCUCGGGCAGAGUGGAGGUCUGGCACCGUGGCUCCUGGGGAACUGUGUGCGACGACUCGUGGGACAUGCAGGAUGCCGAGGUGGCAUGCAGGCAGCUGGGCUGUGGCCCUGCGGUGUCUGCCCUGGCCGAGGCUGCGUUUGGGGAGGGGACAGGACCCAUCUGGCUGGAGCAGGUGGAGUGCAGGGGCACGGAGCCAUCUCUGCAGGCUUGCUGGGCCCGGACUGGGGAUGGCGGUGCCUGCCGGCAUAAGGAAGAUGCAGCUGUGAACUGCUUGGGUGAGUGGCUGGGCUUACUUAGGCUCUACUCACGGUCCAGAGCUCUGGCAGAGCUCUGGGCUGCGUUCCAGCCUUGAGGAAGGGACAAUCUGGGUGGGUACAUUAGCCAGUGGUCUGCCUGGUACCACAAACCCACAUCUCAGCUCAGCUUCUCU